CUCCCUCACUCCCCACCUCCAGUCAGGACCUCACACAGUGGCCGGUUCUCUCCCAACACCCACUACUCCUGUUCUCUGGUGGCCAGAAACACUCAGGGCUCUGGACCUCCUGCCAACACCUCAUUCACCACUCAACAAGACUAUUCCUUCUUUCAACUUCGUUUGGGUAAAGUUCCCACUUCUUGUUCUGAAGAAAUUAGUUCAGAGAGGUCCCUGAAACUGGAGCACAUUACUGCUGCGGUGGUGAAGGAGUUAAAGUCAUCUUGUUCAGAGUGUGGGCCAGAAAUGAUAGACAACCAGCUAUUUGUCUGCUAUCCAGAGUCUCCGUCGUUUCUGACAUAUCGAGCCAGACUGGAGGGAACCUCUGAGAGGGACAGUAGCUCCCUAGUCUCUCUGAUAGAGGCCUGGGUGAGAGGAGGCGGGGCCAACCUCAUCCUGACUGGAGUACUCAUGACCGUGGACUCAAACUGCGCAGUAGCCAUCUCUUCCCUCAACGAGCCUGAGUGCUCUCCUUCUCACACUCCUACUGCCACUUCAUCUCCUUCCACUGACAUGCCUGCCUGUUGAGAGAAGCAGUGAUGAAGAGCCUGCACAAGUUUCAGAUGCUAUAAUUGGAGGAGUUGUGGCAGUUGUCAUAGUUCUUAUCAUUGCUAUUACUCUUGCCAUUGUUAUCAUCAUCGUUGUUCUCAUCCUCAAGAAUCGCCGUGGAGAAGUUUCACUGAAGAACAAUUCUGACAAAACGUAUGUGUGGUGUGUGUAUAUAGCAUUGACUCUAUCAAGUUAUGAUGAUUUACUGGC